AUGAUAGCCACGGAACCCUUCAUGAAAACAGUGACACAUUUUGGAAAACUCGACAUCCUGGUAAACAACGCUGGAACCUCAAGCUUAGGAAAGAUUACGGACGUAAAUGCUACGGAAAUCUACAACGACGUAAUGACGACGAACCUCCACUCAGUGGUUCUGCUCACCCAUCUCGCUGUUCGUCAUCUCAUAGCAACAAAAGGGAACAUUGUGAAUAUUUCGAGUACAACGUCAAUGGUGCACGCACCUGGUCUAGUCGGUUUCGCCUACGGCGUGUCCAAAGCUGGUAUAGAUUAUUUCACUAAAUCAAUGGCUUCAGAACUCGCAGUUAGUGGUGUUCGUGUAAACUCCAUCAAUCCUGGACCUGUGAGAAGUGAUAUUAUGGUAAAAUUGGGAGUAGAUCGAAAAGCAUUAGAUGCUGCUUGGGAUAAUCUGGGGAAUACAACACCACUGAAACGUGUUUCGGAACCUAAAGAAAUUACAAGACUUAAUUUUGUUCCUGGCCGGUGACACUGGUAAAGGUAUUACUGGUUCAGGAAUUGUCAGUGACAACGGUGUUUUGGUUAAAUCUAUUUUUUA